AUGCAGUUGUUACAUGAUCCAUCAUUAUUAUCGCCGCCAUCAACAAAUGUAGUACAAACUGAAGCAACUCCUACUGUUACAACACGAGCAGUCAUAGAACGAAAUACCUCUCGCUUAUUAAGCUUAGAUUUACUACGUGGUUUAAUAAUAAUAGUGAUGGUAUGGGAUCAUUCACGCGACUUUGUAUGUGACGGGAAAUUACCAAAAGAUCGUAACAAUGAAGACUGGAAUGGCCCGUUGCCUACAUAUGAUAACAAUGUCGGCUUAUUUUUACAACGUUGGUUAACCCAUUUUUGUGCACCUGGAUUCUUUUGGCUCAUGGGUAUUGGUAUGACAUUUUUUUCAACAUCGCGUUCUAAACGAGGUUGGUCAAAUUGGCAAAUAGUUAAACACUUUCAGAUCCGUGGAUUAUUUCUUCUGUUCUGCGAUCGUGUGGUAAAUAUACCUUGGUAUGUAUUUUUAUAUCGGAAAUCAACAUCGACAAGAUCAGAUCCAUUAGGCGGUUUAAUAUCACUAUUUGAAGUAUUAACUUCAUUGGGUUUAACUAUGAUGAUAUGCGGCUUAUUAUUACUUUGUAUAGAAUAUUUAAGUAAAAAAAUUAAAAUUUUUAUGCUACAAGGUGGUCAAAUAUUUUGUAUGUUGCUUGGUGGAGUCUUUUUUGUAAUAUCAAAUAUUGUAGUUAUACAUUAUCAAGAUGGUGAUCCUAAAGUGAAACCAUUUCCUCGUAUCGUUGAUCCAACUAAAACGUUUCCACAAUGUCUGGUUAGGGAUCAUUCAUGA